AUGAAUGGAGAUGAAGCAACAGUAAUGAACUCCCAUCACUUCCUGAUCCUCUUUUUCCCUUUCCAAAGCCAUAUCAAUCCCUCUCUUCAGCUAGCCAAAAACCUUGCACGCAAUGGUGUAAAGGUCACCUUAGUCACCACAAACCGUGGCCUCAAACAAAUGAAAUCUCUUCUAACCCUCAAGGGAUUGUCGUGUGCCUCUUUUUCCAAUGAAAAGGAUGAUGAUUACCAAUCCCACAAUGGUUUUUAUAGCUAUGUUGAGAGUUUGAGGAGCAUAGGCUCCCAAAAUCUCAUGAAUCUUAUCAAGAAGUUUUCGGACGAGGGCCAACAGUGUGCAACCGCUUUUACCAUUUAUCACCGCUUCUUCAAUAGCCAAGAAGGUAUACAUGGCCGAAUGGAUCCCUCGGUUUCAAUAAAAGUACCAACGUUGCCAUUGUUUUCCUCCAGUGACUUACCCACCUUUCUCCUUCCGAAUAGUCCCUCGAGUGGUUUCUUGAUCCCUGUGAUGCAAGAACAUAUGCAGGUCCUGGAACAAGAUCCCAGAUCCUUUGUUCUUGUUAAUACCUUUGAAGAAUUAGAACAAGAAUCAAUCAAAGCUAUAGCCAAUAUGAAUGUUAUUGCAGUUGGACCCUUAAUGCCAUCGGCUUUCUGUGAUGGAAGUGACCUAACAGACAAAUCAUUUGGACUCGAUUUAUUUAGUGUAUCUGAUGAUUAUUUUCAGUGGUUAGACUCGAAGCCUGAGCAUUCAGUGAUCUAUGCGUCAUUUGGAAGCUUGGCAGUGUUAAAGAAAGAGCAAAAAGAAGAGAUAUUGCAUGCAUUAGUGGAGAGUGGGAGGCCUUUUCUUUGGGUCCUCAGAUCAUCAAACAGUGAAGAAGAGGAAAUGCAUAAAAUGAUGGAAAAUAGUCUGAAUGGAGAUGGGAUAAUAGUGCCAUGGUGUUCUCAAGUAGAAGUGCUAAGCCACCGGUCUAUCGGGUGUUUUGUGACACAUUGUGGAUGGAAUUCAACACUAGAAAGUAUUGUUUCUGGAGUACCAAUCAUAUGCUGCCCACAGUUCGCAGAUCAAACGACGAAUGCGAAGAUGGUGGAUGAGGUUUGGGGCACAGGUGUGAGAGCAAAAGCAAAUGGGGAAAGUAUUAUUGAAAGAGAUGAAAUCAAGAAAUGCUUGGACAUUGUCAUGGGGGAUGGAGAUAGAGGUAAAGAAAUGAGAGGAAAUGCUCGUAAAUGGAGAGGUUUGGCUAUCGAAGCUGUUAAAGAAGGGGGUUCUACCUACAACAAUCUCAAAAAACUUUUGGAGAUCUCAGGAUAG